GAAACCUUGACGAGAAGUAGCUCUUUACUGUUUGGGGGUUCUUCUGGCAGAAACGCAGACGCAACAGGCGAGCGAGCGAGAGAGAAAGGGGCAGAGAGAGAUGGAGCACGAGGACGUGGACACAUCUGGCGCAGAGGACACCCCUAACAACAACGAAGCAGAACUUGACGACAUGAAGAAGCGGUUGAAGGAGAUGGAGGACGAAGCGGCUGCUCUGCGAGAGAUGCAGGCCAAGGUCGAAAUGCAAAUGGGCUCUACACAAGAUCCUGCUAGUGAAGCUGCAGCACAGGCAAAUAGAGAGGAAGUAGAUUCUCGAUCAAUUUUUGUUGGCAAUGUGGAUUAUGCAUGUACUCCUGAAGAAGUACAGCAGCAUUUCCAGACAUGUGGAACAGUGAACAGAGUCACUAUUCGCACAGACAAGUUUGGUCAGCCAAAGGGUUAUGCUUAUGUGGAAUUUGUCGAAGCAGAGGCUGUCCAAGAGGCUCUCCUGUUGAAUGAAUCUCAACUACAUGGACGCCACUUAAAGGUGACUGCCAAACGGACCAAUAUACCUGGGUUGAAGCCGUAUCGUGCUCGUCGAGCCAAUCCCUUUAUGCGAGCCAGAAGCCCCAUUAUAGCUCCCUACAGCUUCUCCCCUUAUGGAUAUGGGAAGGUUCCAAGAUUCAGAAUGCCAAUGCGUUACAGUCCAUACUUCUGACUGUUCCAUUUUUCUCAGGCAGAUAUGCUGGUAGUCAGUUAAUGGACAAGUGCAACACCUUAUCCCUUUGUCAUCUCAUGGAUAAUGUUUUGGAAAGAUUUAAGAAGAUAUUUAUGCUCUUUAGAUUUA